AAGUAUCCUGCUACGUGUUCCUAGCGACUGCUCUCCUUCCAUCCCUCCUUCGAAUCUCUUUUUUGUUUUUUUUUUUUUGUUUUUUUUUGGGGGGGGGCCACUCCGUUAUUUAUAUUUAAUUUACCAAAAAUGGCUAUCUGGGAUUCUAUCAGCGGUCACAAACAGUCGCAAGGCCAGGGGGACGAUGUCUUUGACCCUACAAGCGCUCAAGAUGCCACCUCGUUCCUCUCUGAGGUCGCCAUUCCGGAUCCUACGCAGCUGCACCCCUUGUCCGGCCUGAACCAAGAUACCCUCGACUACCUGACGCUCGAGGACUCCGCCCUUGAUCAGCUUCCCGGCUCUCAAUCGAUUCUGCCGUCCCGAGGGUGGUCCGACGAUCUCUGUUACGGAACUGGAACGACUUAUCUUGCUGCUUUGACACUGGGAGGAGCUUGGGGGUUGGCCGAAGGGCUAAGCCGAACACCGGCGACAGCGCCGCCGAAAAUCCGCCUGAACGGUGUUCUAAACUCGAUCACCCGACGCGGUCCUUUCCUCGGAAACUCUGCUGGAGUGGUGGCUAUGGUCUACAACGGGUUGAACUCGUUUGCCGGAUACGCGCGAGGGAAACACGAUGCCGCGAACAGCAUCGCCGCGGGAGCUGUCAGUGGAAUGGUUUUCAAGAGUACCCGCGGACUGAAGCCCAUGCUGAUCUCCGGCGGUAUUGUGGCCACCAUUGCCGGAACCUGGACGGUGGCGAAGAAGGCCAUUCUGUGAACGCGCACGCGUCCAGCUGUAUUUUAACCCCGCCCUUUCUUCCCAGAGGUCGGGGGAGGAGGAGGACUUCAGUCGAUAGUCUUAUUUGUCACCAGUCGUUGCAAAACAACCCCUUAACUUUUUAUGGUCUGUUUCAGUCAAGCGGGAAGGGUGUUGUUUUAGAUUUACUUUCAUUUACCUUGUAUUAGAACGGUUGCCUUACAUCUUUUCACCCACAAAUCUCUUCACUCCGGCGCUCAAAGCAUCAUCCUUCUUCGGCAUUAUCCAUGGGUUGGGGAACAGGCAUGGUAAUGGAUUUUUGUUCGAUUUUUUUUUUUUUCUGUACAUAUAGCAGUCUCCCUGGCGAAAACUGUUGCAGGGUUCAGUUCGUCUUCCAAGCGCCUUAAUGUUGUUAGGAGAAUAAAAGAUUUCACUUCACACCCUUU